AUGGAGAUUGAGAAGCGAGCUAAGGGCAGUGAGGAAAUGGGCGGUGAGCGAGAAGAGAAGGGGAAGCUGCGUCGACAAGGAGGCAUCAGAACAUUACCUUUCAUCCUUGCAAAUGAAGUGUGUGACAGAUUUGCAAGUGCUGGUUUUCAUGGUAACUUGAUAAGUUACUUGACCCAAGAGCUGAACAUGCCAUUGGUAUCUGCCUCAAACACAUUGACAAACUUUGGUGGAACAUCUAGCUUCACCCCUCUCAUUGGAGCUGUUAUAGCAGAUUCCUUUGCUGGACGAUUUUGGACCAUUACUGUUGCUUCUCUCAUUUAUGAACUGGGAUUGAUUAGCAUCACUGUAUCAGCUAUACUGCCACAAUUACGACCUGCACCGUGUCCUACACAAGUGAAUUGCCAAGAAGCCACAUCCUCACAGCUGUGGAUACUCUACAUCUCUCUCCUCCUCACAUCUGUUGGAUCUGGUGGCAUUAGACCUUGUGUUGUGCCCUUUUCAGCAGACCAAUUUGACAUGACCAAAAGUGGCGUAGCAUCAAGGAAAUGGAACCUCUUCAACUGGUACUUUUUCAGCAUGGGAUUGGCUUCUCUAAGUGCUUUGACAAUUGUGGUUUACAUUCAAGACAAUAUGGGAUGGGGCUGGGGCCUUGGAAUUCCAAGCAUUGCCAUGUUUGUAUCCAUCAUUGCCUUUGUGCUGGGAGCACCACUCUAUAAGACUACCAAACCAGAAGGAAGCCCUUUGGUUCGUUUAGCCCAAGUAAUUGUAGCAGCUGUAAAGAAAAGGAAGGAGACUUUACCGGAAGAUCCCAAGCUUUUGUACCACAAUUGGGAACUUGAUGCUCCUAUUGCUUUGGAAGGGAGACUUCUACACUCUGAUCAGUAUAAAUGGUUGGACAAGGCUUCAAUUGUCACAGAGGAGGAGGCCAGAGAUCCAUCUACAACACCAAACUUAUGGAAAUUAGCCACUGUCCACAGAGUUGAGGAGCUAAAAUCUAUCAUUAGAAUGCUUCCUAUUUGGGCAUCAGGAAUUUUGCUCAUAACUUCUUCAUCGCAUCUGCAUAGCUUUGUAAUUCAACAAGCUCGCACAAUGGACCGUCACCUCUCUCCCUCUUUCCAAAUUUCCCCAGCCAGCAUGUCCAUUUUUAGUGUGCUAACAAUGAUGUCAGGAGUUGUUCUAUAUGAACGCCUUUUUGUUCCCCUUGCCCGUAGGUUCACAGGGAACCCGUCUGGAAUCACUUGCCUUCAAAGAAUGGGAGUAGGCUUCAUGAUUAACAUCAUAGCCACUGUGGUUUCUGCACUGAUUGAAAUGAAAAGGAAAUCAGUUGCUGCCAACUACCACUUGUUGGAUGAUCCAAAAGCCAUUAUUCCUAUAAGUGUGUUCUGGUUGGUACCUCAGUAUUUUCUGCAUGGGGUGGCUGAAGUUUUCAUGUCUGUUGGGCAUUUGGAAUUUCUCUUUGAGCAAUCACCUGAAAGCAUGAGAAGCAGUGCUACAGCUCUGUACUGCAUAACCUCAGCUGUUGGGAACUAUUUAGGUACAUUGCUGGUGUCAUUGGUGCAUAAGUAUACUGGCACUGAGAGAAACUGGCUUCCAGAUAGGAACCUCAAUAGGGGUGGGUUGGAUUACUAUUACUUUCUUGUUAGUGGGAUUCAAGUUGUAAAUCUUGUUUAUUAUUUGAUAUGUGCUUGGUUCUACACUUACAAGCCCGUGGAAGAGAUUAGUGAAAGGAACAAGGAAGAAGAUUUGGAACAAGUCAACGAACAUAUCUCAUCCGACAAUUAA